AUGCAUACUAGAGCAGAAUCUCAGGAAUUAACUGAAUGUGGCAAAGUGUUUUCUCAAAACUCAUCCCUUACUCAGAAUUUGAGAAGUCAUACACGGAAAAAAACAUUUACAUGUAAUAAGUGUGGAAAAACCUUCAGCCAGAAGAGAAAUUUCCUUUCUCAUCAGAAACAACAUAUUGCUGAGAGACCCUAUGAAUGUGAGAAGACUUCUAUUCAGAUGGCAGGCCUCAUUAGGUACCAGAGAAAGCCAUAUGUAUGUAAGGAAUGUGGGAGAACCUUUCAUGGAAAAUCUUAUCUCUCUGAGCAUGAGAAAAUUCAUACUGGAGAGAAACCAUUUGAAUGUAAUCAAUGUGGAAGAGCCUUCAGCCAGAAGCAAUACCUCAUUAAACAUCAGAAUAUUCAUAGUGGAAAGAAGCCCUUUGAGUGUAAUGAAUGUGGGAAAGCAUUUAGUAAGAAGGAAAAACUCAUUAUCCAUCAGAGAAUCCAUACUGGAGAGAAACCUUUUGAAUGUAAAGGCUGUGGGAAAGCAUUCAUUCAGAAGUCAAGUCUCAUUAGACACCAGAGAAGUCAUACGGGGGAGAAACCCUAUACUUGUAAGGAAUGUGGGAAAGCCUUCAGUGGCAAAUCAAAUCUCACUGAGCACGAGAAAAUUCAUAUUGGAGAGAAACCCUAUAAAUGUAAUGAAUGUGGAACAAUCUUCAGACAGAAGCAAUACCUCAUUAAACAUCAUAAUAUUCAUACAGGAGAAAAACCCUAUGAAUGUAAUAAAUGUGGAAAAGCCUUCUCUCGAAUCACUUCACUUAUUGUCCAUGUGAGAAUUCACACAGGUGAAAAACCUUAUCAGUGUAGUGAAUGUGGAAAAGCCUUUAGCCAGAAAUCACAUCACAUCAGACAUCAGAGAAUUCAUACUCAGUAA